CACUUUCUUUGAACAGAUGGAGGAGGAACAAGUCAGCUCCUAAGCUCAACGUAGACUAAUUCUCUACUGGAGGACGCAUCGAGACUUCUCGGGUAUCUUCACGUUAAGAUCGCGCGAGGAGCUCUCGCACAAUAACACAAUGCCCAAAUCCAAUACCGAGAAUUCUGUAGUGCCAGCACAAAUGAAGAAGAUCUGGAUUGCAUUUACGUGGGCAUUGUUAGCAUUAAAUGUUAAUGCCAUAAGGACAUUGGACAACGGAUCUCUAAAUGGCAAAAACAUAAUCGUCGAAUCAUCUAAGCAGGAGCCCGUCGUAUAUCCCACCAGAGUCGAACAAAUUUCGUGGAAGCCCAGGGCUUUUGUGUACAGAGGGUUCCUUUCUCACGAAGAGUGUGACCAUUUGGUUUUUCUUGCAAAGUCAGAACUUGCAAGAUCUGCUGUGGCAGACAAUGAUUCUGGUGACAGUGCAGUAAGUGAAGUUCGUACAAGCUCUGGUAUGUUUAUACCUAAAGGAAAGGAUGCAAUUAUUACAAGGAUUGAGGACAAAAUAGCAGCUUGGACUUUCCUCCCAAAAGAAAAUGGAGAGGACAUGCAAGUAUUAAGGUACGAGCAUGGUCAGAAGUAUGAUCCUCAUUUUGAUUUCUUUCAAGACAAAGUCAAUACUGUUCGUGGUGGACAUCGUACAGCAACUGUCCUAAUGUAUUUAUCAGAUGUAGGGGAAGGUGGUGAAACUGUGUUCCCUUCAGCAGAGGUUGACUCUCGUCGUAGAAUUAAUACCAAAGAUGACACUUUGUCUGACUGUGCCAAAAAAGGAGUUGCAGUGAAACCAAAGAAAGGGGAUGCACUUCUUUUCUUUAGUCUCACUCCUGGUGCCAUGACCGAUUCUCUCAGCCUUCAUGCUGGAUGUCCUGUAAUAGAGGGAGAAAAAUGGUCAGCAACAAAAUGGAUACGUGUAAAGUCAUUUGACAAGACAACACAAACUUCAGAGAACUGUCGUGAUGAAAAUGACCGUUGUGGUGAGUGGGCAGCUUAUGGGGAGUGUGUUAAUAAUCCUGAAUACAUGGUAGGUACAACUGAAUUACCAGGUGUUUGCAGAAAGAGCUGUAAAGUAUGUUAGUUUUGUUGGACAAAGAUUUGCUGUUGAUGGAAGAUUUAGUAGAUGCCUUUACUGAAUAAUCUUUGUACCAUGGGCAUGAAGACACAAAGGUUAACUUUGUUCUAACUUUUACAUCUACUUUAUAGAUGUAUUUGUGUAUCCAAUGCCUGAGCGAAUCAUAAGAAAAUGAGUUGGCAAGUUUUAGCAUUAUUUAUCUUUUUAGAUCAAUAAAUGUUAGAGAACUGAAGUUUAGAAAAAAAUAUAUUUCUUGUUACUGUAACCUUUAUUAGUAAUCACAUGAAAAGGCAGUAUUUUGACUCA